AUCCACAAAACGACAAAGUAUCAUUUCAAAAUCAAAUUUCAUCCCCAAAUCUCACCCGAGAAUAUUCGAAUUUAGGUUUCAUUUCGAUCCCAUACUUUAAAAUUCGAUUAAACCGCUAUCAUUUUCUGCGAAUUAGGAAAUUAGCAUAGUCGUCUAAAAGGACCUUUUUUUAGUGAAGGGCAUUAUGAAGUUCUUAGAAUACACUCCUCUGGAACGAAUUAAUGAGUUCUUAAGUAAUUUAAAUCUUGGAGAACGCACAAUCCAGGGAUGUCUUGAAGCUUACUCUUGCAAACAUACUGGAACUGACAAAAAGCUUUCUUUUAGUUUGGAGCACGAGAUCCUUGAUUAUCUCGGGAAGUCUUCGGACACUGACUCAUCCUCGCCGGCUGAAUACUUAUUGAGCAGAUCCAGCCGAAAGACAUUGAUUUAUCUUGUUCUUACUCUCUAUCACAUGUAUCCGGAUUAUGACUUCAGUGCCAUGAAUGCUCACCAGUUCUUCACAGAGGAAAGCUGGGACACAUUUAAGCAGAUCUUUGAUACUUAUAUGUUUGAAGCAUCUAAGGAAUGGAUCAACGAAAAUGAGGGUAGUUCCCUGCUGGAAACAUUAUUCAAGGCUCUGGAUGAGGUUGUGAAACUAGCGGAAUGCGAAAUCUACAGCUACAUUCCAGAUUCUGAUGCAGACCCAUUUCUUGAGAAAGGAGCAAUUUGGUCUUUUAGUUUCUUUUUCUACAAUAGAAAAUUAAAGCGUGUUGUAAGCUUCCGAUUCUGUUGUUUAAGUAACUUAGUGGCUGAGGGAUUUCUUAUGAACAAUUCAAGUUAUGAGGAAGAUGAGAUAUUUGAUGGCAUGGACAUGUGAGUGCUGAUAGCCAAAGACUAUUAGCAUGAUGUUCAUAUGUGAAGGCCUUUAACAUCUGUUUGUAGUUAUUCUCCUGUCAGUGCUAUACUCACAGCACCUAAGCAGUAGGAUUAGCCUUUAUACUCCCGUCCAUCUCUACUCCUGUACACUAGUUACUAUCCUCUUGUAACUAAGCAAGAAUGUGUCUGUAAAAUGUAUUUGAAACCUUAUGCUAGGCUUGUGAUUAGAUGCGAGUAUCUAAGUUUCUGUCAGAGGAUAACUCCUCUUUCUCAAAUACUGCUAUUUUUGCUGUGCUUUUUCUGUAAUAUGUAUGUAUAUGUGGAGCUACCCUUAGGCUGAUUUUCCACUUACUGCA